CACACAUUUUUGUACCCCUUUUUUUGUCUGAUAAUAUAAAAAUAUACACUUAUAAAACAUGAAAGAAACUAAAGAAUCCAAAGAAGAAAUAAUCAACUAUGGCACAUACAGAUUAAUGCUGACAGCUUGGAUGAUAAAUGAAAUUUCCAUAGUGUUUGCUCCGGUACAGUUGUCAUUUAAUGGAUUUCACUUGCAUGUGGUUUUGUAUAUUUUAUCAAUUAUAUUCGUCGGUAUACCUCUGGUAUAUUCCGAGAUAUGUAUGGUGCAAUAUACUACGAACAAUGCACUCGAUAUAUGGAAAUUCUUUCCGCUGUUCAGAGGUGCCGGCUACGCUUCUAUAUACAUGGUGAUUUUGAAGAUUAUAUACCUCAACGUUGUGUCUUCUUGGUACCUGCUGUAUGCAUUUUAUUCGGUAUACGGAAGCCCGCCAUGGGUCUCCUGCAAGGAAUUUAAAAACUUACCGUGUAUAGUUAAAUAUGUCAACGUGUCGGACUAUCAAAACUGCUUGAAUUUAGGCAGUAGCUGCAUUCAUACAAAGACCGCCAGUGAUCUUUUCUUCGACCGAGAAAUCGGAGACUACACGACGAAAUCUGGCAACUGUUUGUACGCAUGGAGAACUGUACUGUGUACAAUAAUUACAAGCUUAGUUUUGUACCUCGUAUGCGUCCUACGAUAUCGUCUGUACGGAGUUAUUGCUAAAAGUUUCGUAAUUGCAUUUACUAUUAUCGUAUUCGUUUUACUAUGUAUCUCUUUGCUGAAUGAAGGAGCUUGGUUUUCUGCGGGCCUAGUUAUCGAAUGGGAUAAAUUAAACUACAAAUCUUGCUUAGAUAUUUUAACGUCGGGCCUGCUCACGUGCGGGACGGGAGUAGGCGUCAUCGGGUAUCUAACACGCGGCGUACCUUUUCGAAGUCCGGCUACAAUAAGUGCAAUCUCCCCUACAUUAUUCGCUUCGAUGACGUCCUCUCUGCUUGGCCUGGUUUUAUUCAACGGUAUAAAAUCUAUGUUCUUCUACCACGGCGAGAAACGAAAUAUUUUGGAAAAGGGAAACAAUACUUUUUUCGACGCUUUCGCGGAAGUGAGCGAGAUCUUGGGCUACUUCAGCAAUAAAUCGUUUUGGUCUCUUCUAUGGUACGGCACGAUUUACUUGUGUUUAGUGACGAGUGUUUGGAUUUUGUACAUGUUCCUGUACGAUCAUAUUGUCGUGACCCAAAUUGACGAUAAAAGAGCUAAUCUAUGGUACUCAGCCAUCCUGAUUUGUGUUAUAUCGGCUCUGUCUUGGCCGUUCGUUUGUUCAGAUCUAACCGAAGUCCUCGCCGAUGUCACCGCAAUAAUUCAAAUAGGAAACUCGUUUUUGUAUUCCUUUGCACUGUAUUGGGUGUACGGUUACAGACACCACGCCAACGAUAUCACUUUCAUGAUUGGAAUCAAAGCUAGUCAUUUUUGGAGAUUAUCGUGGCUGUUUAAUCCAAUAAUUUUACUAGGAUUUAUUUAUUUUAAUAUCACCAAUCAAUGUUUCAAUAAAUUCCAGAAUUCCUUUUUCAUGGAAAAUAUUUCGGCAACAGUAGAUGAAACGCUAUUUUGGUUUCUACUCUUUUUAUAUGUUCUCCUCCUACUGAUUGGCGCGAUUGUAGAAUUUCAAUAUUACUACUCUCGGGGAAAAUUGUCUAAGAUACUUGAACCUGCAGAAAACUGGGGUCCCAAAGACAAAGUGUUGUUUAGAAGUAGAAAAAUGUUCGUACCCGAAAUUAUGACGCGGGAAUUCCUAUACAGACAAGUCAGAAUACAUGGCUAUAGAAAAAAAGCUGUAUCUGCUAGGAGAAGUUAUAAGAAAACGGACUCUGAAGAUUCAUUAUCUUACAAGACUAAAUGGAACGCUUUGACAUCCAACUGAUAUUCAUCAGCUUAUCAGUUUUAAACAACUUCAAACAUAAUAAGCAAUAGUCAAAUUAUACGUUGAGGUUAUAAUAUCCAAUUUUAUGUUUUGUAAAAUUAUUAAAGAGAGAACUAGGCAACGGAUAAAAACAAUACUUACAAAAAAAGUCCGAUGACAUCGCAUCGCACCUCUUUUCGUUCGUAACCCUUAAUUACUCAAACAACAAAGCAAAACAUCCAAAUGUCCUGUUAGGAUUAUGCUAUCAAUAAAAAUAUG